GGAAAAUGCGCGCGUAAACCGUGAUAGAUGUGUGUGAAAAUUGUGGCCCGCAACGGGAAAAUUGGCAGAGCAAACCAGCAAGUGUGUAGCGUGCCAUGUGCCUGUGUUUGUCGAGUGCGUGAAUGAAGUGCCACGGAAUCGUAGCGGAAAUCGUUUGCUGGCCCAUCGACUGGCCAGCCAGUGCGGGUGCGCUGUGCUGUUGCGGUCGUGGAUGAUGCGGCUGGAGCUGGCGGUGCCAGGAGCACAGUUCCCGGGCCAUAAUUGUCGGUUGAAUGACUCUCGAUGCGAUAGCAAUAACAGCAAUAACAGCAAGAACAGCAAUAACAGCAAUAAGCAAAAUCAGCUGCUCCGGCAACCAUAAUAUUCAUCACGCUCGCUCCAUUUGACGGCGAGGAGGAGCAGCACCGGAACAGCAACAACGAACAAUUGCCAACAGCACCACCGCUAAAUUUUGGACACAAUCAUAAAUGCGACAUGUUAGCAAGGGCAAAGCGAACGGAAAACACACAACAGGAACAACAACUAUCGUCAGCAACAUUUAAUAAAACUACCAAGAGAAAAGGGCGACCGUCGGGAGCGGAAUUAGCUGGGGGAAAAUAUGGUUCUCAGCACCGAGUGGUCGCAGGUGGAGGUCAUCGAUCUGAUCAACGAUGGCAACGGCUUGGGCUUCAUCCUCGUGGGCGGUCGCAGUACCGGCGUCGUGAUCAAGGCCCUUACGCCCGGGGGCGUGGCCGAGCGGGACGGCCGACUGCAGCUGGGCGAUCAUCUGCUGCAGAUCGGCGAGGUCAAUCUGCGGGGCUUCAGCUCGGAGCAGGUGGCAACAGUUCUUCGUCAGACCGGAGCUCAGGUGCGUCUGAUAGUGGCGCGGCCGGUGGAGCCGACGGCCAUCGAUUACCAAACGCUGGCCUGUCAGGCGCCGAUUAUACCAACUAAGCUCCUCUCCGACCCGGAAGAACUGUCGCGUCAUCUCUUCCAGAAUCCGAGUUUUGCAACUGCUGCCGCCGCCGCAGCAGCAGCGGCAGCAGCAGCGGGCUCCGGCAGCGGCGGCGACGGUGGCGGCGGCGUCCUGGAUGUGGCCAGCUUGGUGGGUCUAGUGCGCGGCGGUCCCGCCGAGGGCUCGGAACUGUCUGCAGUGAAGCCGCAACCAAGUGCGGUGCUUCAGCUUCAACAACUGUCCGAGCUGGCCGGCGACCUGGCUGACUUCCCACUGCCUCCGAUUCCGGGUGGUGGGGGCCACUCGUUGCUCACGGACUCGAAUGCUGGCCAACGCCCCUGCCCGCGUCUGGAUCUGGAUAUAGUGCCCUUCUCGAUACUAUCGCCGCCGCCACGUCCCGCCCUGCAGAUGCUGCCCCUGGAGACCCAAUGGCGAUGCGUUCAGGAUCAGAACCAGCACAUAGAGACUGUGAUAGCCGACAGCAAACGCAAGCUGUUGGCCAACGAAGAUGGCGGAUCCGGCUGGGGCUCGGGUUCCGGUUCCCCUGACUCCUACAUGGACUCCCCGGAAACGGAAACGUACGUGGUGGAGCUGCACAAGAAUGUCUACGGCCUGGGAAUCACCGUGGCCGGAUAUGUCUGCGAGGAGGAGGAUCUAUCCGGGAUUUUCGUGAAGAGCAUCAUUGAGGGAAGUGCCGCGGAAACAAGUGGUCAGAUCCAGAUCAACGACCGCAUUGUGGCCGUGGAUGGGAGAUCCCUAUCCGGGGUUACCAACCACCAGGCGGUGGAACUCCUCAGGAAUACAGACAUAGUGGUUCAUCUGACUCUGGAACGGUUCCUCCGAGGCAGAAAGUACGAGCACUUGCAAGUGGCCCUCACCGAAAUCAAAGGAACAUCUGCUCCCUCCGGCCUAGAUAGGAAUCAAGAUAAGGACCAGGACCAGGAGUCGCAGAUCUCCAUGCCUGGGUCCCCGUCGAUAGCCACGUUGAGUUGGCUGCCACCCAAGUCACUGGAUGCCGAUUCCAUAGCCACCGAAGGCGACGAGGCCGUGGAGGCGGAGUAUGUGGGCACUUCGGGAGCCGAGGAUGAGUUCAUUGAGCUCCCCUCCCGGGACACCGUGGAGUCAAACAUGUCGCACGUGCUGGACCGCAGUGAUCACAGUGGAGGCGUCACCAAAGAUCAGGCGCCCAGGAGCAGUCCGACUGCUCCGCUAACUAAUGGGCGCAGCCUCAUCCUGGCCGAUGACAGUGGCAAUGACACCGAUGAGCAGUGUCCUGAGCCGGAAACGGAAACGGCACAGGCCCGCAAAGGGUCAAAGCCGGAGGUGGAAAGGGUCAAACCCCUAGGGGACACGGAACCGGAUCUCGAUCCCGAUCCAGAUCCCGAUCCUGACCUCGAUCCCGGCCAGAUGCCAACGCCCACGAACGAGGCACCUGUGAAAGCGGCCAGCCCGACGGCCGCCUCGCUGCGCGUGGCCUGGAAAAGUGAGUUUCCCGACAGUGAAAUUUUAGUUGCCGAAAUAAAUAAACUUUCAGGUCUAGGGAUCAGCCUUGAAGGCACUGUGGACGUGGAGUGCGGCAUUGAGAAGCGUCCGCAUCACUAUAUACGCUCGAUACUGGCCGACGGACCGGUGGGUCGCCAGGGCAUCUUGCGGCCGGGAGAUGAGCUCCUCCAGGUGAACGAGCACAAGCUCCAGGGAUUGCGACACAUCGAGGUGGUUAAGAUCCUCAAGGAACUGCCCGCCAGGGUUAAGUUGGUCUGCGCCCGCGGCACUCACGUUCCGUCGGUCAUAAAUACCUCGCAAAAUCCGGAGGCCUUUGAGACUCGUAGCCUCUUGCCCGGUGGCCACCAGAGUCUCCAGAAUCUGCUGAGCAAGGCCCAGUCGGAGAGCUCGCUCUACACGUCCAGCACGGCGACUUUAACGGAUGCGGGAGCAGUCGCUGGAGGAUCGGGGGGCACUGCAGGUGGAGGAGCUCGCUCCAAGUCACUAGAAAACGUUUCCGGCUUGGCUCUGUGGAGCUGCGAAGUGACCGCCGUGGAUAUAGAGAAAACGGAACAGGGCUUCGGCUUCUCCAUACUGGACUACCAGGAUCCGAUGGACUCCGACGGCAGUGUCAUCGUUAUUCGCGGCCUGAUACGCGGUGGUGCUGCGGAGGCAACCAACGAGAUCUAUCCGGGCGAUCGCCUCAUGAGCGUCGGCGAUCGCCUGCUCCAGGGCCUCGAGCUGGACGAGGCGGUGUCCAUUCUGAAGGCCAUGCCGCCUGGACUCACGCGACUGGGCAUCUGCCGCCCCCUCUCCGCCUCGGACAGCAAUAGCAACAGCAACAUAGCCUCGCCGCUGGGCGAUUCGGCCAGCACAUAGUGGCAGCCCCUUCCCGACGGUCAUCAGGAGUCGGAUAUAGAACUGGACGUGGAAAUGGCAAGGCCACCGGAAGCGGAAACGGAACGGGAACUGGAGCCGUUCGCACUGUAUUUUAUGACCCUCAUAUCGGCCUUGUGAAUGCAUCACGACCAGCAGCCCCCAAUCGGAAAUGCAAAGCAACCACAUAGAGAAGUCUGCGGCACAAAUCAGCGAGUCUGGACAUUAGAACAAUUUGUACAUAGUAUAUAACCAAAUCCGCACAUUGCCCGAUUGGAUUAACUACACACGAGCUAGGUUCGAAUUGAUGGCCCAAAACCGAACCUCAAACUCUGAACUCUGAACGCUGAACACUGAACACUGAAUACUAAAAACGCAUAAAUAAAUAAAUUGAAAGGCACGCAACGACUCUAAAAAUAUCACAAAUUGUUGUAUCGAUAAAUUAUUAAUAACAAUUUCUGCGGACAAGCUUGAACAAAAAGCUUACAACAUCAAAUAGAGUUGAACAUCAACGGGAAUAAAACACACGAAAUUCCAAGCGAACGAAGUGUGUCGAAAUCGGAAUUUAUUCAUACACGCAAAUAUUGCAAAACAUUUUUCCAGUUUAGUAUGCAUAUGUCGAGGCCAUGAUGGCCAUAAUGAUAGCUCCCCGGUAGUUCCCACAUAUCCACCCAAAUACCCAAAUACCAUAAAAACCACUUCCCCGCCCCGCUCCGCCCCGCCCACCUUAGGAAACCGCUGUAAAUAUUCCAGAGAUUAUUUUUAUUGUCCUUUUCAACUUUACGUAGCAUAAAUUUACAAUUUCUAGCUUGUAAAUCAUUUAUACAUACACAUACUUAAAUAGGUAAGGCUAGGUGGGGGGCCCUGAGUGGAUAUCGCUCACAUCCUCAAGAAUUCGCGGACAUUUUUCAAACUGUAUAGGAACUGGGAGUUGCAGCAUUGCACAGAUUCUUGGGAUUAGUGGCGCGUAUAAACGAUUACAUAUACCUAUUAUAGAUACUGCAAAUUCUAUGCCUAUGAACAUAAUAAUAUAUAUUUACAAUUGACGACCAAGCAAAAGUAAAACUUUAACUUUAGUAACAAGUCAACACACAAACUACACAAUUGAACGAAAAACACACCCAAACUGAACUAAAGUAGAUCGAAAAUAAAGACAUUGGUGAGGUGUUAGAAAGGUGAGGACUAUUUAUCACCUCUUGCUGCAUAGAGAAUAUACACAUUACAACAAAAGCUUAUUAGUGAUACUAAUUUUAAAUGGACAAACAACAAAGCAAAUGAUUAAUGAAAGAAAAACAAACUAUGAUUGAUAAUUCUUAGCGAGCGUUUAAAUUGUUAAUACAUUUCUGUUGAUCGGUUCUUUGUUAUCAAGCUGAAUUCGACUUCAUGUGUAUAUAAAGUUAUUAAUCACAUCAACAAGAUGCUUGAGCUGAACGAUUAGACUAGGAUAACAACACAUGCAGUGUGUUUUAAAACUACAAUAUCUUUCAGAAAUAGUUACUUUUAGGUACAAUUAAUUUAUCUUUAAUUUGUUUUUCUUGUUUUCCUAACAACACACUUUUUAUAAUUUCAUCUAAAGUCAUACUGGUUGAAUUCUUUGAAUGAAAUAAAUAUAUAAUAUAUAAUUUGGAUUGAUGAUUCCAUGUUUGGCAUCCUUCGCUAAUUAAUUUAAAUCGACUUGUAGUUAUAAAACGCACUGUCCAUUCGUAUACCGAUUUACACAAAGACAUAGAGAGACAUUAAACUCAUGCACUUUGGCGUAUGAAAACUUUUAUAUUUUGCAGAUGAAAUGAGAAAAAGUUCCACGCAAGUCAAACAAAAUAAGCAGACACAUUAUCUAUCUAUCUAUCUAUCUAUGUAUCACGCAACCACACUAACACACAGAAAAACACCACACACACGUAUAUAAGAACACGCAUGCACAAUGCAAGAAUCAUAAUAUCUGAAAAAAGAACAACUUACCACUUAGCAUUACAACUAAUGAAACAACUCUUUCGAGCGAAAACCAACUAGGAAAUCGACUAAAACUACACGUAACAUGAUGUAACAAUGAACCACAAUCGAAUCGAAUCGAAUUGAAACACGAGACACGAAAUGCAACGCAUACUAAAGUUGAAAUCCAUAUGCAGUUUGGCAAAACAUAGGCUACAUUAGACACAGAGUAUGUAAAUUGACGAACGUUCAAUAAACGAAUGCGAAAAUAUAACAAAAGUAUUA